CGGCAGAGAAGCAGGAGCUUGAUGGGAGGAGCUCCGUGAUGCUGAGCUGCUUGAGUCACAGCUUUCCCCCAGUCCAACACUACUCAUGGUACAGGAAGAGUCAGGGAGAGGAACAGGAUGAACUAGUGUCAGAGCAUCAAAACCACACAGUGUACUCAAACCAGUCAGGAGUCUACUACUGCGUCGCAAAAAAUGAAGUAGAUCACAGUUUGUCUGAUCCCGUCCAUCUGUUUGAACCCACAGGAAACUAUCUGCACAUCCUGAAGUUCAUCGUUCCUGCUCUAUUUGUCCUGAUGAUUAUCUUUUUAAUCGUCAUAGUUUUAAGAUACAGGAAGAAAAAAUCUAUUCAACAAGGAACAACAAACACCAAAUCCCCUUCUGGUUUUUCGGAGCAGUUGAGUCGUCCAGACGCCCCUGAACACCAGCCUCUUCCAGACAGCACGCCUCCGACCGACAUCAACCUUGUUUACAGCAUUUUGAAUCAGCCCCAGGUCGCCCCUCAACAAAACCCCACAAGACGGCAAGCUGGAAACACAGAGGAGGAUUCUGUCAACUACGCUCCUCUGAACUUUAAGAAUAAUCUGAAGAAGAAGCAAAGAAAGGUGGAAGAAGACCCUGUGUAUGCGAAGGUGUCCAAGCCAACACGAGUUAAAAAGAAGGAACCAGAGAGCCUGCAGGACUAUGAAAACAUUAGUGAUGCAGCUGCACGUGCACCAACAUCUCCAAAUCUAUUUGACGACCACACCAGUGAAGGUGAAGUGGAGCUGAACUUUCCACAGGUGAGAUUCACAGCGACGCCCCGACGUCAGACGACCAACAGAGACUCCAGCAGCUCAGAAGAAGAAGAGAGUCUUUACUCUAACGUCAGGAUUUGACCCGAGAUGUUCUCGUCCUGCUUUUUACAGCUACCUCUGGCCUGAGGAAGUUUAUAUUCACAAUAAGUCAUCACAGAGAGUCUGAAGAGUUCAUGUGUUAAACCGUGUUGCCAGUUGGAGUAUUUUAAAACUAGUUAGCAAGAAGGCACAGAAGUUACAUUACUGAGCUAAAAUAUAAUAUAUACAUAUUUGAAAAUGUUGAUUAAUGGUUCUGGGGGAAAAAGCGAACUCAGCAAAAUGUGAGGGAUAAAUGUUUAAAAUCCUUAUUUUGAAACUUAAAAUGUAAAUAAUGUGAGGGUAAAAUUAUUGUAUUAAUAACUUUUGAUAUAAUCUAUAUAUACAUAAAUUACGUGCAGUUAGACAAGAAAUGCUGAGAAUCACAGCUGAAUGUUUUUUUUGUGCUUUCCAGUGUUGUGAACUUAAUCCAAACCCACACACCUGAAAUGUAAAUAUCCUGUUGCUCAAAAUAAAAUGAAAUAUGUUGGAACAAA